AGGAAAGCCAUCAGUUAGGCAGCCUCUUUCGCAUCAUUUCUUCAAGCCCUUGUCAAACAUUUUUUAAUUGUUUCCAUAAUCGGAUUCAACAGUGUUUUAAAUCUGUUAUGUGUUGUUAUAAUUUAAUAUUAAAUCCUCGCACUAUUGGUUUUAGAUUCUUGUGUGUAUACGUAGUUGUCAACUGACAUCUCUUCUCACCAAAGAAAAGAAGUGUUCAUCCUCUUCCCUCUUUCACGUAUAGAAUCAUUAUUCAUUUUUUUUUUUUUUUAAAGCUUUCUUCAGAAUAAAUAUAGCACUUUCUCUUCUUUUGGUAUAUUUUAUUGCAGAAAACUAUUCAAAAGGUUAAACCCUCUUCUGAAAGUCUAUAACUUUUUUCUCAAAAUGAUGAAGAGCCCACAGAGCCAAUCCCAGAACGCCAUAGUUAGCUCAUUCACAAAGCUCUUCAAUGUCCAAUUGCAUAUCCUCAAUCUUCUCUCAUUAUUUCUCUUCUUUGGCUGCGGCCUGAUUCUUGGAAUAAUUCUCAGUUUUUCGCUUAAAGACUUUUCUUUCAAUCUUCACAUCACACAAUUCUCUCAGCUUUCUUCUUCAUCUUCGCCGUCUUUAGAAUCAGAAAGUGUUUCCAGUAGUGGUGAUGGUGGUUUCAGCCGCGUGGGGCUGAGAGAGUACUUAAAGCCUCCGAAUGUAACGCAUGACAUGGAAGAUCAGGAGCUUUUAUGGAGAGCUUCAAUGAGUCCUAAGAUUCAAGAGUAUCCAUUUGAGAGAGUUCCAAAGGUUGCAUUUUUGUUCUUGGCGAGAGGUCCUGUGUUAUUGGCUCCAUUGUGGGAGAAAUUCUUCAAAGGAUAUGAAGAAUUAUACUCAAUUUAUGUGCAUUCAAGUCCAUCUUUCAAUGAAUCAGAAGGAGAGCCUCCAGGUUCUGUGUUUCACGGCAGAAGAAUUCCCAGCAAGAACGUUGGAUGGGGAGAUGUGAACAUGGUUGAAGCUGAGCGUCGCCUGCUAGCCAAUGCACUUUUGGAUUUCUCAAACGAACGUUUUGUUCUCCUCUCAGAAUCCUGCAUUCCUCUAUUCAACUUCACCACCAUUUACUCUUACCUCAUGAACUCAACUCAAAACUUUGUGGAGCUCUAUGACUUAGAAGGUCCAGUUGGCCGAGGCCGAUACAGUCCGGAAAUGGGUCCAAAGAUCUCCAUUGAUCAAUGGAGAAAAGGCUCACAGUGGUUCCAAAUUGACAGGGAUCUUGCCAUUGAAAUAGUCUCGGACAAAACAUAUUUCCCACUGUUUCAGAAUUACUGCAAGGGCAACUGCUAUGCGGAUGAGCAUUACUUGCCAACUUUUGUGUACAUGAAAUUUGCGGAGAAGAAUGCAAACAGAACUUUAACUUGGGUUGAUUGGUCGUAUGGCGGCCCUCAUCCCAGGAGAUUUAUAAGAUCAGGAGUCACAGUUGAGUUUCUGAAGAAAUUGAGAAGUGGAUACUCUUGUGAAUACAAUGGAAAUUCCACCAAUAUUUGUUACUUGUUUGCAAGGAAGUUCUUGCCUAACACUUUGGACAGACUGUUGAGAUCUGCACCAACAGUUCUGCACAUCAGCUAGCAUAAAGAGACAAAUUAUUGUAAUCAUCAUUCUUUAUUUUACUUGUAAGAAAUUUUUCGUACAAAAUUUAAACAAUGUUGUUAAUUGAGUCAAGUGCGGAGUCAGAAAUAUUUUAUAUCGAUAUAAGUUACAUCGAUUGUAUGAUUUUUUUUUUUUUUAAU